AAAAAACAAGAACGCACGCAAGACGUCAAUGUCAAAACCGUCAUUUAAUAGGUAAGUCAAUACGUCAAGAAGCGACAGUGAAAACGAAAAUAUCAAAUCAAGAAAAAAGUGAGCAUGCGAGUACUUGAUUGACAAUUUAGUUUAAAACAAAAAACUAUGGCUGACAGAGAUUUAACAAUGGGUCCUAGGGAUGGAGUCUCAUAUCCCAUAAAAGUGCAGUAUUGUGGUAAUUGUUCAAUGCCGAUAGAAUAUUGCGAGUAUUAUCCUGAAUACGACAAAUGUAAACAGUGGUUAGAAAAGAAUCUACCGACAGAAUUUGAAAAAGUAAAAAUUGACGAAGAAGAAAAUGCAGGUGGUGAAGAAGAAAAAAAGCGACAGAAACGCGGUGGCAAGGGUAUGCUCAAAUCAAAGAAGAAAGAAGAUGUGCCCAAACUAGUACAAGUAUCGCGGGCCCCUCGCGGCAAAAAAAAAUCUGUCACAGUAGUGUCCGGCUUGAGUACUUUUGAUAUAGAUUUGAAAGUAGCAGCUAAAUUCUUUGGAACGAAAUUUGCCUGUGGAUCAUCAGUAACUGGUGAUGAUGAGAUUGUAAUCCAAGGAGAUGUGAAAGAUGAUCUUUUUGAUAUAAUACCAGAGAAAUGGCCUGAGAUUGAUGAAGAUAGCAUUGAAGAUCUUGGGGACCAGAAAAGAUAGUCACAAUAUUAGAAAUGUUAACAAAAUAAAUGCUUUAUUUCUAUGUUAUUUAUAACAUUGAUUUUAUCAUAACAGUCUACAUCCAUUUAAGCAGCAGGACUCUAUUCAAAAGACCUGUCAGAAUGAUUAGUCUGAUUUUUAUCAAGCUUUUUAGUACCAUAUAAAUGUUAUCUAAAUGUUUUAACAUAUUUAAAACCAGAAUGCUGGCCGUUCUGUUCCAAAUUAAUAAAAUAGAAGUAAAGUGUUUUAAUUUUUUUCUUAUUUAUGAGCUACAUCAUAUGAAUAAAUUUUUUGAAUAUUUAAA